CCUCUGUACCCUCUGUCGCUCAUCAGUGGCAGUGUCGAAGACCGCAAGACCAGCCUCUCAUCAUCGAGCGCCGCUAUUGGUCGUAAUCUGGGAGCCCAUCAGGGCUACACUGUAGUGGGAGACCCUCUGCAGCCCCUCCCACUUUGUCUGAAACAGGAAAUGUCCCCGGAAGUGACAAGCACAAGCCCCUCCCCCAACCUGGCGGCUCAUAGCUCCGCCUUCCUGGAGUUGCAGUGUCUCCAGGCUCCUGUCGCUAGCAGCUGCAGCUUCCCUCACACCUUCAACUCAUUUUCCCAUCAUGCACCAGUGUACGGGCAGAUCAGCAGCCAGAGUGUCAUGUCAGGGCGGGACAUGGUUAGCUCCACCCUGCCGGGGUACCCCCCCCACAUCCCCUCCGGAGGCCAGACAGGGUACUCCUCCUCCGCCAUCACCGGCAUGGUGGCAGGAGCAGACUAUUCGGGGCAGUCCUACACACCCUAUACCUCCUACAGCGAAGCCUGGAGGUAUAACUCCAGCAUUCUGGGAUCCCCCUACUACUACAGCACAGCCUCGCGCAGUGGACCCCCCUCCUCCGCCGCCUACGACCACCUCUAGCUCCUCCCACGCAGGGGGGGCACAGGAAGUACCCUGGACCAGUACAGGAAGGAGGAGAAGGGGACAGGAAGCUGAGGACAAGGGGACCAGGAAGUAGCAGGCAGGAGGACCAGGACAGGAAGCAGGAACAGGAGGACCAGGACAGGAAGUAGGAAGUGAGGAGACAGGAACCUGAGGGAGGAGGGAUAGUACGCUAUUGAUGCAUUCCACGCCAGCACUUCAGUCUGCAGAGUUCAGACUGAACCAGCACAACAGACUCUCACAGCAUCAGGCUCUUUUGUUGACAUUUUCAGGUAUAACUUGGAACACAAACCGGUUUACACAUGCUGUCACUGUAAUUCAUCCACAAGCAUUGUGUCAAAUAUUUUAAAUUUACAUUUGACUCAUUUAGCAGUCGCUUUUUAUCUAAAGCAACAUACAAUUGGUGCAUACAAAAGAUGACAAGUGAAAAUAAAGCAUAUGCGCUUGUCUAGGGUGCAUGGAUUUGAUCCUAUGAACAUUCAGCCUUUAUGGCUCAUUUUCAACACUGGAAAGACCUCCCUGAUAUUCUCCACUGAGGUGGAUUUAAUCCCAGACUUCUGUCCCAGAAUGUGAGUACUAAACGAACUCUGGAAAAGGACCAUGACUUCCUGGUGACAUCAAUGUUGGGUUGUUGCUGUGGUGACAGCUGCUAGUGGUGUUUCUAUUUGCAUUUAGUUUACAAAACUCUCCAUGACGAUGUGAUCACGUGAUCUCUCAUCUCCUCAGUGCAGGUGUGUUUCCAAGGUUUCUCCUUCUGUUUGAUACACUUACAUUUCAGUGUCAGAGCUUCCAUUCAAAAAUUUAAAAAACAACAGAGGUAAAUACACUGGAUGACAGUAUCAUAACAACAGGCUUGUUAACAGAUCCAGCCAUCUUAUGUUCUGCUUUCCGACGCUCGUCCGCCGAACCACAGCCUUCACGAGAGUGAGAUGGAGAGUUAACUGCGUCAUGUUAGAAUGCCCUCGUGAGGCCCUGUGUUGUCGAUGUGGGGCUUCUAUGGCAAUAUGUAAAUACUGUAUAAACUGCUCCGUAGGAAGAAUUGCAAUUUUAUUAUAAGGUUGAUUUGUGGGAAGGAAUAGUUUGGGGAUCAAUGGUUUAAAUAUCUGAAAAACACUAAACUCUUGAAAUAAUUUUUUCCUUUAAUGAUAUUUCGAGUUUGUUGUCAUGCUGAUGUUUCGUAAGAACUGUGACUACUUUUUUCUUAUACUGGUAUUAAUAUUAUUGAAGAUGUAAAUAAUGAAUUUCUAAAGAUUAUUUUAAUUAAAAUAAAGCAUGACAAACUUGUUUACUU